AUGUCUUCUAAUAUAAAAGAAACAACUCACAAGGUUAUUCUACCCAUUAUUCAAGUCAACACUCCGGAUCAAUUUGGAAAACUACAUACCGUAAAUGCUUUAAUUGACUCCGGAAGUAUGUCAAACUUUAUUUCUGAAAGACUCUCAAAGAAAUUACAUCUUCCUCGAGAAUAUACAUCAUGUGUAGAGAUUCAAGGACUAAACUCGAUGACAUCUCUAUGUAAAAAGGGAUCAAUUCAUUGUUCCGUUCAACCCAUCCAUUCUCACCAACCAUCUUUUCAAUUUAAAGCAAUCAUCACACCAAGCAUUUGUUCCAACCAACCAUCCAUUUCAUCCAUUACCUCCAUGUAUUCACACCUAAAACACUUAAACAUAAAUCCAGAUAAAAACCUUACCACGAUAUCCGUCGAUCUCUUAUUGGGAGCUGAGCUGGUGCCUCAAAUAUUUACUGAUGGUCGCAUUCAGGGCGGACCUAAUGAGCCUAUUGCGGUUAAUUCCGUUUUCGGGUGGAUCAUAAUGGGAAAAUCUUCUAUUUCCAAUCCAAAUCAUCACUCAACUUGUCUUUCAACCACCAAUGCCUCGCUUGAAAAAUCGAUUCAAAGAUUUUGGGAAUUGGAAUCCAUACCAAAAGAAACAUCAUUAUCAAAAUCAGAAGAAAUGUGUGAAUCUCAUUUUAAAAAGAACUGUCAACUUACCUCCUCUGGUCGGUUUAUGGUUUCGUUGCCAUUCAAAACAAAGGAACCUGUUCUUGGAAAUUCUUAUACUAUGGCGUUAAAACGUUUUUUGUCAUUGGAAAAUCGACUCCUGAAAAAUCCUGCAUUAAAAGAUGAUUAUGUUAAAUUUAUGAAGGAUUAUCUUGAAUCUAAUCACAUGACACGUCUGUCAUUAUUAAAAUCUCCUUCUGAAAAAUCCUAUUAUAUACCACAUCAUUGUAUUGUUCGACCAGAGAGUCUUUCUACAAAACUUAGAGUGGUUUUUGACGCCUCUGCCAUAACGUCUAAUGGCAUAUCAUUAAAUGAUAAUUUAUUAAUUGGGCGCAAGCUUCAGCAGGAUAUCGUAAAAAUCUUAAUGUCAUUUAGAUGUUUCAACUAUGCAUUCAUCUGCGAUAUUAAGCAGAUGUAUCGGCAAAUUUUGAUAUCCCCUUCUGAUCGGCCGUUUCAGAAGAUCUUAUGGCGGUUCUCUCCUGCAGAACCGAUAGAGGAAUAUUGUUUAAACACAGUAACGUAUGGCGUAGCGUCGGCACCUUUUCUGGCUUUACGGACCUUAUUGGAAUUGGCCAACAAAUAUGAGAAUUACUAUCCUAGAGCAGCUACGGUUUUACGCAACCAUGUGUAUGUGGAUGACAUCGUUGCAGGAGCCCAAUCGAUAAAUGAAGCUUUGAAAGUACAGCAAGAAUUGAUUGAUCUAUUGAGAAAAGGAAGCUUUGAGCUAAGAAAAUGGGCGAGCAAUUGUAAAGAAAUAUUACGUUUUGUGUCCAAUACUGACCUUUCAAUGCCAAUAUCUUUGAAUUAUGAUGACACCCAUUGCGUAAAAGUGCUUGGAUUACUAUGGAAUCCUACCUCCGAUCAAUUCCAGUACUCUUUCUCCUCUCGUCAGGCUCCUUGUACCAAAAGAUCUAUAUUAUCAGAGAUCGCUCGAAUAUACGAUCCCCUAGGGUUUCUUACUCCAUGUACCCUCAAAGCAAAAAUUUACAUGCAGCAGUUAUGGCAACUAAAAAUAUCUUGGGAUGAAACUCCUCCGCUCCAUGUAACUGAAAAUUGGAAAACAUUUAAAAACAAUCUUCCAGUGUUAUCCGAAUGGAGUUUACCUCGAUUAAUGAUUCCAAUUAAAACUCAAUCGGUGCAACUUCAUUUAUUCUGCGACGCUUCUCAACAGGGGUAUUGCACAGUUGCCUAUUUACGCUCUCAAACUGACACCUCCAUAACCACAUCUUUCAUAUGUGCUAAAGCUCGUGUCGCACCUCUGAAGACGAUUUCAAUUCCACGUUUGGAAUUGUGUGGCGCAGUUCUUCUUGCAGACAUGUUGCAAAAUAUUAAGGAAACAUUGUCUCCACUUAUAGAAUUUAAAUCAAUUACCGCCUGGUCGGAUUCGCAAGUCACCUUGGCGUGGAUUGCUUCCACCCCAAGUCGUUGGAAGGUUUUCGUCGCCAAUCGUGUGUCUCAUAUAAAUAACAUUCUGCCGUCAACUUCUUGGAGAUACAUUCCCUCGUCCUCUAAUCCCGCUGACUGCGGAUCUAGAGGCAUGUUCCCAGAUCAACUAAUUGCCACAGAAUUGUGGUGGAAAGGUCCCUCAUGGCUUAAUAAAUCCCCAGAAUAUUGGCCAUCUAUCAAUAAAAUUCCUGAAACAGAAGAUAUUCUACGUGAACAACAACAGAAAUUCGUUCAAACAACUGAAAUUAAAACUAAUAUCAUUGAUAUUCUUUUGAAUAAAUUUUCCUCACUAUCAAAAAUUCAACGUAUCCUAGCAUACAUUCAAAGAUUCCUAAGUCUAUGUCAAAGGCAAAAAGGAUGUUCUGGUAUAAACUUAUCUUUGUUUGAAGUUCAGCAGGCUUUAACCACUAUGCUCCGCCACGUUCAGAAUCAACACUUUUCGUCACUGUUCAUUUCCAUAAAAAAUAACCAAUUACCCCCUAAACCUCUUCGAAAAUUGGCUCCGUUCAUUGAUAGAGAGGGUUUAAUUAGGGUGGGCGGGCGUUUAAAAUAUGCAGUGAUACCAUUUGAUCAUAAACACCCAGUGUUGUUACCAAAAACUAAUCGGGUCAGUGAACUGUUGGUGGAAGAACUUCAUAAAAAACAUCUUCAUGUGGGUCAAAGAACCUUACAAUCGCUGAUGUAUCCGUUGCGUAAAAUGCAAGCCUCGUUCAUAUGCACCAUUGAUGGCGGACCUGCCAGCAUUUCGAGUAGCUGA